CGAGCACAGCAGCGUCUGUGAGUCUGUGGCACGGGACAUGAAGGCGAGUUUGGAGUUGAUUUCUCUGGCUGCCUCUCUCUGGUCUUCUCUGGGCUGGGGGCUGUCGUGUUCAAACCACGAAUAUGUCCUCUCAAAUAAGAAAUGCUGCAAAGAUUGUCCUGCAGGAGAGCAACUAGUGAGACGUUGCACACUGACGUCCCCAACCGAGUGUGAGCCGUGCGAUGAGGGCUACUACAACGACGCCUACACCUACUCGCGGUGUAAACCUUGCACAGAAUGCCAUGCCGACCGAGGCCUGCGGGAAGUAAGAGCCUGUCGGAGGACUUCAAAUACCGUCUGCGCCUGUCUUCCCGGCCACGCUCCGGGAGGGAGCAACGAGGAGAUAAGUAAGGGCCAAGGAUGGAUUUCAGCAUGCAAACCCUGUCCCAGCGGGUAUUUCUCCCUCGGGGGAAAGGAGGAAUGUCGUGCUUGGACCAAUUGCACAGCCAGCGGAAGGGAAAUCCUACGAUCCGGCAAGCGAGACGCUGACACGAUUUGCGACAAGCCGUCCAGCGGGAUUUCCACCCGGCACCCUGUCACGCAGCGCACUCCAUUUCCAAAGGAGGCAGGCGUCUUCGCCACAAAGCUGGAUUCAACUCCGACUGUUGUGGCUACAAAUCCAGGAUUUUUAUGGAUUCUCAUCACCGUUCUCCUCCUGCUGGCCAUAGCUGGGGUCUUGGUCUUCCUGUUCUUUUAUCGCAGGACGAAGAAAAAGAAACUGGAAAUCGCGUGCAAUGAGAUUUAUGCUGUCCCCUGCAAGGAUAAAGAGAGCGAUUACCGAAUGCCGAUCCAAGAACAGGACGUUGGUGUUAAAUCCAAAUUUGUUCAGGGAUGAUCUAAGAAAAAGAAAAAAGAAAAAAAAACCUAAAACACAGAAUUUUGACUACUGAAUCAGAAAUAGCUCAGAGUUUAUCUGAGUUUGUUUUUCAAUCAAUGCCUUUCUUUUUCUGAAUGAAUCAACCAUCUUUUCC